GGGCACUGUAACGUCGACGGGCACCUCCGUUUUUAACGGAGGCGGUGUGUCAGUCCAUGGCUGCACGUCGACCAGAUACCUACACCUUGAUAUUGCUGCAUAAUGUCUGAAGCCGAGGAUGCCUCGGGCAAAGGCAGUAACCUGACAGCGAUUGAAGCAAUCUCGGCGAGGCUGGCGGAAGUAACGCGACUCGCCGAGAAGCUGGACGCGAGACUUUGCGAGGCUGGAGCCAGGACUCGACCAGUUCCGAUGUCGUCGUCCGCGAUGUCCUCCACUUCGUCUCUCUUCUCGUCGUCGAACGUAUCAGUCACCACGUCCACGUCCGCUCCUAGCCAAGUUCAAACGAUUUCUACCGGAAUCUCUGGAUCCAUUGCUGUUACUACCUCGUCGAUUGGAAUUACUACACCUUUGAUCAGUUCCUCGGUGUCUACGGUGCAACUGCAACCUAAAUGCGUGUCCACGAUCUUGUCCUCGGCGACGAAUAACGAAAGUGUUGGUCCUUCGAAGGAAAAGAUGUCUGGCUUGGUGUCUUCGAUACCACAAUCGGCGAAUGGAACGGUUUGCACGGGUACUGUUAAUGGUAAGGCUGGUUCUACUAUGCUGGAGAAUGGUAAGACGGAGGAAAAAGUUGCUGAGAAAGAAGACGGAGCAGAGGAGGAACGUAAGGACGUGGAUUUGGACCGAGCGAAUGACGCGAAGAUGGAAGAAGUCGCGGAGGACGUAAUUGAGAAGUCAUUCGACGAUAGUCAAGCCGAUGAUUCGAACAUAGAGGACUACGUGACCGCCACCGAACGUUCAAUUACUCCGACAGUUCGCUCCAGAAGCGAAUCCUUCGUUACUUCUCCAGAAUGCGAAGACCUUGCUGCUCCAGCAACCAUAACGUCUAAUAACGAUAAUUGGUGGAACAUCGAGGAACCUAAAUUUAUCCCCACCACUGCAGCGGCGUCUUCUCCUGUGUUUAAACAAAUGGAAGCUUCGAAAGAGCCGAAAAUAGAAAGAAACGUCGUCGUAUCGGUGGAUACUCCGCAAUCGGAAGCUAGUGAGACGAACAAAGAAAAACAGAUUGAGAAAGUCGUGACAAUGGAAAAGAAAGUCGAAGAGAAAUCCGGGAAGAUCGUAAAAGAAGUUACAGAAACAACGACUUUACGCGUGUCUCACGACACUCGUUUAGGUAUCGCGUCUUACAAAGUGAUAUCCAACACCACGCAAGAUCAUCGAGAAAACGUUGAUGUUAAGGAAAUCAAGGAUCUCGAACGAAUCGUGUUUCCGGAUGUUCAGACGAAUGGAUUACACCACGAGACAGAUUCCGGUUGCAAAUCGGAUUCGUACAGUCGUAGAGACGAACUGUCAACGAAAACAGACGACACCGAACGCGUGAUCAAAUUCGCAAAGAUUUGUGAGAUCAAUCAAGAAUCACGCGUAAUCCCUGCGGACACAUCGAAGGAUAUUUCGUUGUCCCUGAAGGAAUAUACGCGACACCGCGAAGAUAGUGGAAUUGAGAUGUCACCGACGAAGAAGGACGAGAAUCUCGAAGGGCAAGAUUUCCUCGAAAGGGCGAGGAAGAGCGGAGAAUGGCUGAGAUUAAAAGUUCUGGAGGUUCAACCAGAACUAACGAAGCUCGGUGCCACGGUGGAGGAGGCUACCGAGCUUUCGAAUGCACACGACGAAGUUUUGCUUCGAUUACAGAGCAAACAGAGCCCGGUAGAGGAAUUGCUUCGGCAGGCUGAUCAAUUGAUCUCGAACCAAAGGCCAAGAGCGGAAGUGUACGCCGCGAUGGCGGAAACGUUGGGCCAAGCUUGGCGCGACGUGAACGAGCUUUUGGAACGUCGAAAACAGAUCCUCGAUUCUAACGUGUUGUUUCAAUGUCGAGCGGAGGAAUGUCGAGAAAGUAUGAAAGCUCUUGAGAUGGCAUGCAACGACACGUUGCUGCCGAUCGAGAUCGAGGCGGUAAAGAAUUUCUUGUCGAAAAUCCAUGAUCUUCGAAAGAACAUGCUCGAGGCGUUGAUGGGCGCGCUGCAAGAGGGAAAGAGUCUACUGGAUCGGCUGAAGGAGAUCGCGAACGAAGGCUCCCUGGAUUCCAGACCGGAUAGAAUUAAGCUGGAAGCUGAUCACGCGGUGUUGAAAGUCGAGAAAUGGUUGGAAGAGCUUCACGACAGGAGACGGCUGAUCGAAGCGUCGUUUCGUAGCAGAAAGACACAAUUGGAGCAGUGCCUGGCUUUAGCUCUGUUAGCGACCGAUCUACGUGAUCUCGAAGAGAUCUUAAACGACAGAAUCGCUGCUUUGUCGAGCAGCUGCGAUCAGCUGGGAGAUUCCGCAUCGAGCGCGGAAUUGCUCCUGUUCGAACUGAAAAAGUUACAAGCUGAGGCUAAGGAAUUUCAAGACAGAUCGAUCAAAAUAACGAAGUCAACCGAACGAUUAGUGUCAUCGGGACACUUUGCCGGUGAACAGGCGACAGAACAAGCUUACGCGAUCCUUGGCGCCGCGGCUGAUUAUGUCAACGAUUUGGAUCAGUACGAGGCGUUGUUGAAUAGAGCGGUGGCCUUCUUCGAUUCGGCGAGAUCGGCAAUUACAAAGUUAGAUCAGUUGGAAAUUCAGCUGGUGACGACGGAGCAUCCCCCAUAUUCGACGAAAUUAGCUCGUUUCCAUGCUCAGACCGUCGCCACCAUCGAGGACGUCACCGCGAAACCUUUGGCGGAAGGAUACGCCCUUCUAGAUGUCACAGGAAGAGGAGCGCCAGGAGCUGAGGGUGUGAAACGAGUGGUGGAGGAACUGGAAAAUCGGAAGAUCCGUUUGAUGGAACGGUGCACAGCUCACGAGAAGGAGAACCUCGAGAUAUCGAGGAUCAUAAAUACGUUCUUAGACAAGCACGACGAGCUAAGAAAGUGGUUAAUGAGCAUACCCGAAGCGUUUCUCCAGGGUCACCAAGACAUGGGCAGCGACGUGCCAAUGGCGGAGGAUUUCUGUCGGCUGCAUCGUCAGCUGUUGAACGAUCUCGAACGAAGGACCGACGAAGUGGAGCAUUUAGAGUUCGAAAUUUUACCAAUUCGAGAACGAUUGGAAGAAACGCAGAAAUUAGAACUACAGUCGAAAGUGGAGGAGUUAAGAAAUUCCUGGUCAAAGACGAAAGAGCUGGUAGCGAGUAGAAUCGAUCUGGGAUCGCUUUAUUUGCAAUUUCAUAUGGCAGUUGAGGAACUAACGAGGGAAAUUGAGUCGAUCGAAAGCGAAUUGAAGAGACAAACGGAUGUUUUGGACGAGAGGAAGAUCGAACAGCUUGGAAGACGUUGGAAAGAUCUUCAGCCGCUUUACGUCAACCUGACUAACACUGGCAAAGCGUUUCUGGACGCUGCUAUCAAGAUCGAUGAUCCUUAUCUAGAUGUACCGAGAGCCUGCAUAUGCGUGCAGACCCUCUUAGAGAGGUUUGCUAACAGACAGUUGACUAUAACAGAAUCGUGGGAGAAAUGGAGGACGACGAUCGAGAUUUUGAGGAAGAAGCGAAUCGAGCAUCAACGAAGAAUCGAAGAGAGCACGAGAACGAUGGAAUGGGUUUCCAAAUUCAGCGAACAAUUAUAUCCAGUGAUAACGUCUCAAUCCCCUAAAACAGCAAGCAUUCUUCAAGACUUAAACGGAUCCAAACAUCGUAUUCUUCCCGAGUUGAAUAAAGCUGUCAACGAAUUGGAUUCUAGAAUCAAUGGAAUCGAUACUCUAGCUCAGAAAGGCGAAGUAGAGAUCGACGACGAGAUCCUGAAGAGACUUCGUCAGAUGCACGAGAAUCUUCAUGCGACUGCCAGAGAUUACGAAACUCUUCUGGAGUCAUUGAUUUCCAUCUUCCAGAAUAUCGAAGAGGUUGAGCAUAAGAUCGAACAGUUAAGGGCUCAUGCACAACGUAUAGCGUCCUUGAAAAAAUUGUCCGAAGUGGAAACACUGUUCAACGAGCUCGACGCGAUGAAAUGGACAAUUUCUGACAGACAAAAUCAGAUUAGAUCGAAGGCUCAAGACGUAAUCGCUAGGAUCAAGCAACAGGAACCGCCCGAGGCUGGUGUUCAGGACAUUGAGAAAUUGAAGCGUGCUAUAGAUUCGUUGUCGACAAACCUUGAACUGUUUUGGUCUCAGACGAUUACUAAGAUCGAAGAAUAUCGACGAACGUGUACUUUUUCCGAGGAUUUGGAGAGGAUUGAGACAGAAUUACAGGAUUUGAAUGAACAUUUGAAGAAGGUUGACGCGAAGAUUGGUGAGAACCUUCAGACAGCUAAAGCUACUGCUACCUCGUUCGUACAAUUCGAAAAGACAGUCACGAUUUUGGAAGAAAGAAUCGAGACGUUCGUGAAGACGACCGAAGAAUCGAUUAAUAUUUUAACGCCUCAAAUCGUCAACGAUAUUUCUUUCUUGCGUGAGAGGUGGAGAAACUUGAAGAGGAAAAUCGAAGAAACAAAGAAGCGAAUGAAUUUGAGCAUAGAGUAUUUCACGCUCUUGGAGGAAGCCAAAGAAUGGAAUAGAGAAGGUAGCAAAUUGUUGGUCGUGAUAGCGAGGAAAGCAACCGCGGUGAAGACUCCGAAAGACGCCAUGGAUUUGCUUCAAGAAAUAGAUCGUUACUUGAAGCCAGGCGAAGAAGUUCAAGAAAGGAGAAUCGAAAAGCUGAAGGAACUAUCGACAAUCGUAUUUGGUACAGACAGAUUACCACAAUUCAACGAAGUGAUCGUGGAAAAUCGCCAAAUGUUAGACUCCUUCGCCGUCGUCUCGUCCGAAUUCCGAACGUUGGCUCAAAAUUUGAAAAACGCGGAAGAUCUGCAGGAGAAAUUAAGGAUCGAGAAGCAGGAAGCAGACAGAAGGUUACAGGCCGCGAAAGAGGAAAUGGCUGCCGCAGAAGCAGCCAGAGAAGAAGCGGAGAACGCGAGGAGAAUCGCGGAAAAAUUAGCAGCCGAGACAUUGGAGAAAGCAACGAUAGAAGCAAAGAAACUGAAAGAGGAAAAGACGUUUGAAAAAGUUUCUGCUCCACCGUCGUUUUCGGUGUCAGCGCAAACCGAGAAGAUCGACAGCACGGACAAAAGUUUCGUCAAAGAAAUGGUCACUUCCGCAACUAUCACUAAAGAAAUACAUAUUUUGCAAAAGACGGAAAUUGAGAAAACGUCUCAACGCGAACCAAGUCCACAGAAGAACAUCGUCACCGAAGAAAUACGCGAGAAAUCAGUAGAAAGACUGCUAAAAGAGAACGUUCCUCCAUUGGCUCCAGAAUUUACCGUUCCCCUACACGAUGCCACUGUACAAGAAGGAGAAAAAUUCACUUUCCAGUGCAACCUCGUUGGUCAACCAACGCCGGAAGUGGUUUGGUACAAGGAUGGAAUCUCGAUUUUGAAUAACCCUGAUUAUCUGACAACGUAUGUUCAAGGCAUUUGUACUUUGACGAUCGAAGAAACUUUCGCCGAAGAUUCUGCAAAAUACACUUGCAGAGCUUUUAAUAUCUCCGGGUCAGCGGAAACGUCUGCCACGUUGACUGUUAAAGAAACAGCACCGGAAGAACAACCGAGUCCACCGGUUUUCGUGAAAGAAUUAGUGGCAUCGAUGGCGGUGGAAGGAUCUUCUCAUCGGAUGGAGUGCAUCGUCGAAGGUAAUCCUCUGCCAACUGUACAAUGGUUCAAGAACGACGUGAACAUCGAUAAUUCUCCCGAUUACAUCAUCACUUAUAAUAACGGUGAGGCUGUUUUAAAAUUCGAAGAAGUCUUCUUAGAAGAUAAGGCUACUUAUACUUGCAAAGCCGCCAAUCGACUGGGUCAAGCCUCCACUUCCGCUUUUCUCGAUAUACAACCUGUGGAAUUUACGUCGGAAAAACCAUAUUUUGUUGCUCCGUUAUCGAAUGCCAUGGGAAGAGCAGGUCAAAGGGUGAAGCUCGAAUGCGAAGCAAAAGGAAAUCCAACGCCUACUUUGACUUGGUACCACGAUGGAAGACCGGUGGAAGAAACCAUGAACUUAAAGAUACAAACGGACGCCGGGCGAACCAGCCUGAUCAUCUCGGAGGCGUUUGCAAAGGAUGCCGGAUGUUACACGGUCGUCGCUAAGAACAACGCCGGUGAGGCCACGGUGUCUUGCAACGUUUCGGUGAAAGGACGACUUCCUCACGAAACCAGCGAUUCUGACUUCGCUUGCAGCGACAUGGAGCCCGUGGUCCCCAAGAUUCAGAUGCCAUUGAAGGAUCUGAAGGUUCAGGAGGGUUUGUCUGUUCGACUGGACUGCGUGAUCGUUGGCCAACCUGAACCGGAAGUGAUUUGGUAUCACGAUGAUCAACCUGUAAAGGAGUCAGCCGAUUUCCAGCUGUUGUUCCAGGGUGACAAAUGUUCCUUGGUCAUUCACGAAGCUUUUUUGGAUGACGCCGGUGUGUACAAAGUAGUCGCCAUUAAUUCUGGCGGUGAAGCGUCUAGUCAGUGCACAUUAACAGUGACACCGGUGACCGUUUCGAAAAAAUUGGACAAGACACGGACAGAAGUGGAAGAAACAUUGGUCGCGGGUUCACCUCCAAAAUUCGUGAAACUUCCGACAGAUUCUCUGGUGGCGGAAGGCGAGACCGCCACUUUUGAGUGUGCGGUAGUUGGAGAACCGAAACCAGAACUCAGAUGGUUCUCUGACAGUGGCGAGAUCACCGAGAACGAACGUAUCCUGAUCCAGCGGAGGCAAGAUGGAACGAGUAUUCUGAAGAUUUCUUCGACGAUCCCCGAGGAUAAAGGGAAUUACGUGGUCAAAGCGUUUAACGCGCACGGAGAGGCGAAAGCUUUCGCACGUUUGGUCGUGAGAUCGUUGGGUGACUUUAGGAGAAAGGAAGAAUUCGUGCAAAUGGAAGAGAAAUUGAUCGCUCCUACGUUUAAGGAAAAGUUUGAAGACAGAAGAGUGUCAGAGGGCGUUUCUACGAAAUUCGAGUGUAUUGUAGUUGGGAAACCAGCUCCGAAAAUUCAAUGGCUAUUUAACGAUCGUCCUGUUCAUGGCAAGGACUUCUUGGUGUCGGUCAGCGGUGAUCGACAGGUGUUAACGAUUCCAGAGACCGGAAGCACGCAUGUUGGUACGAUUUCCUGCGUGGCGGAGAACGCUGCUGGCAAGGCGAUUUGCAGUGCUCGUCUAGAUAUUGGUGGCUGGAUAGGGGAGGAGGCGAAGAAGACUGAGGGGGCGGUUGCAGAGAAAAGAGUACUCGAAUUAGUCGAAAGAUUGCCCGCCGACGAAAUGCAUGCAGCAAGCAGCAGCGACAAACACUUCUCUUCGGAGAAGACCGAGGGUGGAAACGAGAGUCAAGUAUUGACCAAGAUGUCACAGACGAUCACGGAAUCUUCCACCACACACACGACCACGAAGAAAGAGUAUAUCUCAUCGACGACGUCCUCGACCUUGACAAAAUCUGGACAGGAACCCAGCAGCGUUAGCGUGAAGACUACCAUUCAUAGUACGGAACAGUCGUCCUCGGAGAAUGGGGCACCUCCUGUUGUGCAGUGCUACAAAGUAGAAGAACACGAAAAGAUUAUUCAAGACCAACCAGGCGAGAUUCGUCAAGAGAAAACCGUAGUGGUUUCCCAAGACGAGGAAGGAAUCAAACGAGACGUCAAAUCUGCACAAAUGUCGAAGCCAAGCAGAAAAUGUACAGCUCCGAGAUUCGUUUCGCCAAUCACGGGGAUGAUCGUGGAUCAGGGUACUGAUAUUAUCCUCGAAGGAAUCAUCGAUGGGUUCCCCCAGCCAUUUAUCAGCUGGUCGAAGAAUGGACAGGAAUUGAAAACGAAGGACGGAAUGACGAUCACGUACGCGCAUAAUCACGUUCGUUUGGAACUGAAGAACGUAAAUGUUAAGGACGCGGGACGAUACACUUGCACGGCGAGCAACGAAGUCGGUUCUGCUAGUAGCACUGCCGAUCUUGUUGUGAAAAAAACAAUAUUCCCACCGGUGUUUGGCAGAAGAUUGCAAGCUCAGGUUGUGAAACGCGGAGACCGUGUGAAUAUGGAAGUAGAAAUCACGGGAACACCAGAACCUACAGUUACUUGGUUCAAGGACGAUGUUUCUAUCAAAGAACGUCCACCGCAAUUGAGGAUCAAGCAGCAAGGAAAUUGUUACAUGCUACUCAUCGAUAAAGCUGAAAAAGAGCACGCUGGAAAAUACAUGGUUCGAGCAACAAAUGCCGGUGGAGAAGCUCAAAGUAUAGCCGAUUUUGCUGUGUUCGAGCCAACACCAGACACCAUGGUAGAGGUCCAUAAAACUGUCAUCUAUGAGAACGUGCAAGACAAGAAAGUUAUACAGUCCGACGAAAAGAAGAGCGAGGUUCCCUCUAGCAAACAAUCGACAAGCGAACAAGUGACAACGACGAAAAUUCAACCAAUUCCACCAUUAAAGACAACUCCCAUAGUAUCAUCGGCGUCAAUGGCCGAGACGACCAGAACGGUAGAAAAGAUCGAGGAACCAGGAUCCAGUAUGAGUCGUUCAGAAAUGUUUUCAUCCACUGUCGAAUCUCAUCAAAGUCAAUCGAAAUCCGAACAAAAGUUCCACAUGAAGCUAGAGCACAAGACACCAAGCGUCUCGGUAGAACCGAAGAAGGAAGAGAAAACGGUAAUAAAAGAAGUAAUUCGCGAAGAAGUAGACAAGAAGGGCUUCGAGCCAAAAACUACAGUGGUCGAGGAGAAAACGAAAAUCGAAAACGAGAACAUCGAAACUUCGACGAUAGCCAAGAAAGACGCGUUGAGUUUCUUCGAGUCCAUGACGAAGGAAACAGAGGCAACUCCGAAAGGUCCGAAAGAGAUGAUAAAAUUAGUCGACGACGCUGAUGGUCACGAAGUCAAGGUUGGAAAAUUAACAAAAAAUUACGAAAGAUCUACUACUUUCCAAGAAGUGAAGAAACCAGAACCAAAGCCUGCGGAACUGCAAACUACGAAGAAAGCGGUCCACGAGAUAUUCACUAAAUUAGAACAGGGUAGUACAGCUUCUCGUGGAGUGGACAACAAGCUGUUCGACUUCCCAUACGAACCCUAUAAACCACCGGUAGAGACCAAGAAGUCAGUCGUGGAAGAAACAAUGUCCUCGGGAUCUUCUCUUCAAGGAUCUGUAACUAUGUCAAAGAUGGAAAGCAAAAUGGAAACUAAAAUGGAGAGCAAGUCAGAAAGCUCUGAAAUAUUGAUGGAGGGUUUUAAAUUGGUACCAGAGCCUCCUCCAGAGAUUGGUUACAUGCCGAAGCCCGAAGAAUUAAAAAAAAAACGCCCUGAUGUGUCCAUCAAGGCUAAACAGCUGCAAGAAUCCUUCGACAAAACCCUGUCUCCUGUAGAUGCGCCUAUCGGCGGUGUGAAGAUUUUCCCUACACCUUCUCCAAAGAUUAGCGAAGCUCCGAAAGUGGCGCCAACCUUUUCUAUGCCACCUCCGCCGUUUGAGCUCGAGAAGAAAGAGGUAAUCGAGGAACCGUGCGUCAGAAAGGAAAUUCACGAGAAAAAGGAUUACGUGUCUUCGUUCAGAGCAACGUCUCCAACUAGGCCUUGGUCAUCGUCGUCUGAUGUGGAAACUAGGUCACACGUGUCUACGGAUUUGUCAGAAUACAGGUGUCAGUCAGCUGCAUCGAGUCACCAGGAGAUUCUUAGGUCCACUUCGCCUAAACCUUCGGCCGAUGGAUUGGCUAUGGAGAAAUCUUGGGCGAAGAAGUAUGCUGAUUCUACGAGAAAGUCUUGGCCCCCUCAGGAAGAGGCGAAGUUUAAACAGGAGUGGCAGACUCCUAGCGAGGAUUUCAAGAGUACGCAAAGAGAGGUUAAGAGGGAAGUGGAAGAGAUUGACGGUGGAAUUAGAAAGACUAGUAUGGAGUCGUCCAGCACUACAGAGAGGCGUUCGUGGAGCUCGAAACAGGAAUCGAUGGAGAAGAUGUCGAAAAGAGCUCCGUCUCCACCUAAAAUUCAACCAAUCAUUUAUAACGCUGAAACCAUCAAAGUGGAUCAUGUGGUGAAUAAAAUGGAAGAGAAGUCAUCGUACGAAAAAUACAGUAGUGAAUUCGAUACGAAGAAGUCAGAGAAAUCGGAGAAGAUGGAAGAGACAUAUUCAAAGAAAUGGACAGGAUCUGACGAUCUGAAGGCUCCAAGUCUCGUCAGAAGUGUCGGACCGCCGAAAAUACCAGUGGCCCAACCGUAUCAGUUGACACCAACUCCUCCAGCUACGGAUCAGAUUAUUCUGGAACCGGGUCCUCCUCCGGAAAUCGGAUAUAUUCCGGCACCAACGGUCAAAGAGAAAAAGAUCGAGAAGAUAGAGAAGUCCUUGGAGGUGUCGUUGGAGCAUCAGCCAGCUAAAAUUCCACCUGGAGGAAUCAGAACCUUCCCUCCAGCUCCAAAAAAGGAGGAGCCACCUGCGUUGCCCCCUAAAGACGUUAGAAUGACUCCUCCUCCUAUCCCGGCCAAGACGCAAACACCUGUAGAGAUCCUAGAACCGUUUCCAUUUAAACCUUCUCCUCCAUCUACGAUAAAGACGCCAAAAGUGCCACCUCCGCCGACUCCAACAAAAUUUAUCAAAAGCAGCUUUACUCAAGAAAGUGACUACGAAUCGGACAUGGAUAGUUUGAUGAAAGCAAAGUGGAGGCCAUACGAGAGCGACAGCGAAGAGCCACGUUAUCGAAGAGUUCAGCCACCAGUGCCUAAGCAGCCGAUUAGGCCAAGGUCGACCGAGCCUGAGCCACUUCCUCCAUCUAAAUUCGAGGUUCCCCCUGCAACUGUGGGUCCACCUAGACCCGUGAUCACCAAAGAACAGCAAGAGAAAGUUUGUAAGAAGACUACGACCUUUAAAAAACAAGAGAAAGAGAUGAAACAGCAACAACAGAAAUAUCAAGUGGUUCAGCCUCCACCGCAGAUCGAAUUGAAGCCUGGCUCUCCUCCUAUCUAUGUUCAACCAGCCGUGAAGAGUCCAACGCCGAAAAGUCCACCUGGUAAGAAGCCGGAAUCUCCGAAAUUCAAAGUGAAGACGUUCCAACAGGAAAGUGGAUACAUGGCAGAUACCGACGAGCCGUUCCAGCAGAGAAGUUCGAUUCAAUCGAUGCAGAAAAGCUUCGGAAAGCACGAAUCUUCGUCGUCCAUGACCUCUCACACGGAGUCGCGCACUUCGUAUCAGGAAAGUCGAUCGGAAUAUUUCGAGAGCAAAAGUUACGAUAGCCGACAGCAGCAACAGAAAAAGGAAUCGUUCGUGUCACCUGCUCCUUCGAAGCAGCCGACAACUCAGCCAGCCAGCGUUCAACAACGUAGCUCGUUCGUUGAAAAGAGCUACGCGUCCUCCGCGUCCCCGUCGAGAUUCAGUUCUACGAAGGAAACAAUUUACACCACGGAUCAGUCGCAGAAGAAGCUGGAAACAGCAAAGAAGAUCCUGCCACCCUCUCCGAGUCCUUCGAAAUUCGUGAAGAGCGAAUUUCGCGAAAGCGACUACGAGAGCGACUACGAUGGCAGAAUACCACCCCUAUGGAAACCGCGGGGUUACGAAAGCGACGACCAGACUUUCAGACCCGUAAAACCAAGUCUCGCUGGUCCAGGCAAACCCAGGGAGCCUCGAACGCCGCUGAUCGAGGAGAUCUCGAAGAAGGAGCUCGAGAGAAAGGAGGAGAGAAUCGCAACAACCACUCCGACCAAGCAGAAGACGGUUCUCCUUCCUGGUUCUCCGCCAGAAAUCGCCUAUGCACCGCCUCAACCAACUUACUACGAAGCUCGAUCUGGUAUGCCUUUCCACAACGCGAUCGGCACGGAAACCAAGAAAACAGUCAGAAUGGACGAAUCCACUGAAAACAGCAGAAGAAUCGUUACGGUGGAGCAGACUAGUCGAGUGAUCAAAUUUGGCGACCAGAAACCAUCGGCUGACUUCAGAAGCUUCGACACGACGUCCGAUCAACGAUACAAGUCGACGUUUAAAGUACCGAUUCCAAAGAAGUUUGUUCAAGGUCAAUUUAGAGAAUCAGAUUACGAGAGCGAUAUCGAUACGAGGAUCAAACCUAAAUGGGCUCCAGCGGACAGUGACACGGAGGAACCACGGUAUAGGAAGGUUCAACCGCCUAUGAUGAAGGCGCCAAGGUCAUCGAGUGCUCCGGUUAGACACGAACACGUGGUUUCGCCGUUGGAGUUUGACACUGGGCCACCCGUGAUCAAGAGACAAACGUCGAUGACCCAGCUAAGGGACGAUAGUGGAACGAGGAGGAUCGACUCACAGAUGAAAAUUCAGAAGGAAGUUAGCUCCAGGCAGGAGGAUGUGCUGAAGCCUGGAUCACCACCUGAGUUUGGUUUUAUCUCGAGGAGCGACAUGAAGAAGGCAGCCAAUCACGUCGCGUCGCGUCACAUGAGCGACAUGACCAGCAGCUUCAAAUCGAAAACCGAGAAAUUCGUCAGCGACAUCCAGUCGGAUCUGAAGCAGGGCAAGCCGAUCCUCAAGCAUCCGAUCGAUAGCCGAGCCAGCGAUGGCGACGAGCCCAGAACUUACAGAGAGGAAUCACGACACUCGGAACAUGGAACGAAGCAAAUCGACCCAGACACCGGGCUGAUAUACUUCAAGUACGACUUUGGCUACGAGUUCGGAAUCGUGCUUCCUGGGGAAGGCAAAAGAACAGUCAGCAGUACUAACAGAACGAUCCAAGGCCAACGACGAGCCAGCGACAUCGAGGUACCCAUCGUUCACGAGUUCACUACGAGGAAAGAGAACGGUUUCGCGAAGAGAAGCAGUUCUACGGCGUCUUCGACGCGACAGAGCAAACCAGCUGGCAAAUUUGGCACGUCGAAGACGGUGAAAUGGGAGCCAACGUCGGAGAGCGAGUUCUCGGAGGCGGAGGACAUCAGAAACGCGAGAAAGAGGCAUCAAGAGGGAGGAAGCACGAUGGCGCCACCUAGUCUCGUUAUACCUUGUUCGCCAUCGCCAUCCAGAUGGGAUCACACGACGCCCAGUCCGAUUUCCCUGAGCCCAAGCUUACCAAGUCUCUCCCCCAGAUACAGUAGCGCUACAGGACCACCCAGCAAUGUCGACUCAGCAGGAUCACCAUGGCCAACUACUAAUGGGGUGGCCUCGAGCAAAGAAGUGAUUCAGCCUUAUCUAGAAAUACUACCGAAAAAGGCACCUCUAUUCAUCACGCCAUUGAGAGAUAUCGCGGUGGUGAGCGGACAAACAGCGAGAUUCGAGUGCAUCGUUCAGGCUGAACCACAACCGAACAUCCUCUGGUCUAAGGAUGGCAGGAUCGUCGAGAAUUCAUCGUGUUACGAGAUUCAUUAUCGUAAUGGCGUUUGCCGUUUGACCAUAGUGCGAGCUUUUCCUGAGGACGCUGGCACUUACGCGUGCACUGCAACGAAUAGCUUAGGUUCGACAGUAACUUCCGCCACCUUGCAGGUGCCAGGUAACAGACGAUCAGUAUACGCGCCUAUUUAAUUAUGGUCGAGAAGGGAUUAAGCAAAAAUAAAUUAAAAAAAAAAGCGCAACGUAAUCUAAUACAAAGGUGGUGGAACAUUGAGCCUCUAGCUUCAGCCAAACUUCAUGAUUCGCGGUCGUUUCGCUUAAUCGAUCCUUUACCAUCUCUAAAGAACAUGGAACAAACGAAUCAACGAAUAUUUUUCUAUCGAUAAAAUCAAACAAAUUUCAAUCACGAUGAAAUUAUUCAAAAUCGCCAUGAUACGAAAAAUAUAAUGCCCGUGAUAAGAUAAAUAAAAUUAUUUAUAAAUGAAAAGCUAUUAAUAAACGGGCAUGAAGAGAAUUAUAAAUUAGUAUUUAGAGCAAGAAUAUUCUGCCCUUCGAAGGGUGCGAGUCAUUUUUCUUUUUUCUUUUGCAUUUUGUACGUACGUAAAAACAAAACGAACGAUUUUACGACAGGGGCGAGGAGAACUAGUCAAAAUACGAAUAGUGAGAAGUUGAAGAAAAAUUCGCGAACGCUGGUGGAUACGCUUUUCACUCUUCCUUUUUAUCUUUUGUUCUUUUAUCAGCGCGUAGUGAGCUUCCUCGAAUGCAUUUUCUGUCGUUGUUGCCGUGGAACGAUUUGAACACGCUUUAAUAGUAAGUCGUUUCUCUCUGUCUAUUCUAUUCUAUCUCCUUCUUUCUUCUCUACUACCCUAAGCAUUUCCUUUAUCCUCCCUCUUUCAUUCUCGACAACUUUUGUCCUAUCUUAUUCUUUUUAUUAAGCAUGUAGCAUACGUAUUUAUAAAGAUUCUUCCGUUUUUUCUUCUUUUUCUUACCUUUUUUCUUUUUUUUUUUUUGAAACUUUUUCGCCUGCCCUGUCAUAGAUUAGAAUCGCGGUAAUUUAAAAGAAAUUGCUACUUAAUUAAAAAAAAAAAAAAACAAAUUGAAAUCGAGCAAACUAAACUUUGUACGAACACGAUAUUAUUUAAAAAGCAGACGAAAUUAUAGAUGUUGAAAGAGCGAUGAAAAGUUAGUUUCCUAAAUAAUUGCAAAUGGAAUAUUUACUUAACAAUUGUUGAAAUAUCGUUUUAAGAUUUUACAUCAAUUCAAUUUCAAGUGUGAAACACCGUGAUUCUCUACGAAACAGAUACUAGUCAGUUUAUCAAGCUACUACACUCAAGCGACAGAAUUAUUUAUUAAACGAACGAGAACCGAUAAUAUAGAAAAGGUUCCGAUCAUCGAGACGUAAUUUUCUUUGAACUAUAGUCCGAGAUAUAGCAUUAUUUAAAACGCUUUGUUGCUCAGAGUGUUUCGAAAUACAGGAAACCGUAAAAUAGAUUCGCAUAGAUAUAUUGUUAUCAUACACUGUCAUUCAUCGCAGCAAACAAUUUAUUGGUAUACUGUGUAAAUAAACGUGUGCUUCCUCUGCAAUACAAAAAAGAAAAAACUUGGGUA